AUGACAGAGCAUCUGACGUCGCUUCGCUCGCUUCUCGUCGGCUCCUGUCACCUGUCCGUCGGCUUGACCGCCACCCUGCUGUACGGCGAGAACUGCGAGAAGACCCAGCGCCCCUUGUGGGGUUUUGAGUCGCGCCCCGUUGGAGCCAACGUGACCACCCACGAAGUGGGCACCUCGGUCAUAGUCCUGUUCUCGUCCCCGGUGCACGAGAACUGGCCAGAGCAGCCACCGACGGUGCCAACGGGGCGAGUACCCAUGGAAGGCUGCAAGGUUACCUGCCUUCUGACUCGGGACAGGUACCGCGGGCACCACCAACGCUGGGUCCACUGGAACAUGGAGGCGCCCUCCAACAGCUUCAUCGACACGAAGCCGGAACGUCUACGGGGCGUCUUCAACUGGAAGUUCACGUACCGCAACGGUACGACCGCGGCACAGACGUCGUUGUUGCCUGCGCGCGGUUCCCGCGUCUGGACAAAGCGGUCCGCGCUGGUCGUAUGGGCGGCCAGCAACCUUCGAACACCAAGCAAGCGAGAGCAGUUCGUUGAGGAGCACGUGGAGGUGGACGUGUGCGGCCGGUGCGGCGACCGCAGCACUAGCUCGCUCAGCGAGAAGCUCGAGUGUCUCCGGUUCGUCGGCCACACCUACUACUUCUACCUGUGCAUGGAAGGCGCCCUGUGCGUCGACUACGUGACUGAGAAGUUCGCCAACCCCGUCGCCCACGGCAUGAUACCCGUGGUUCUAGGCGACUACUUGUCCAGGGCCGCGGCGGCGCCGCCGCCGCGCUCGUACGUCGACACUCAGUGGUUUCCCAUGCUUCUCCACCUGGUGGCGCACUUGCGGAUGGUGGCCGCCGACCCGGACUUCUUCGAACGGCACUUCAACUGGAGGGCGACGGGCACCAUCGUGAUCGACUGUACCACGACCAUUGCCCACUGUGCGAGACGCUGGCUCAGAACUUUGUGUCCCUGA